UUGUCCUCAAACUGUUCGCAAAUAAAGUUGGGAAGUUUCAAUUGCAAGAGUGACGUGAGCCAAUCGAUAUGCGCAUGCGUUACCCUGGAUAAAACACGUGAAGAAGCAUGGCAGACAAACCUGAGGAGUUGGCGCUGGACCGAGUACAGGUGAAGAAAGCAGUUCAAGCACUGCUGGCUUUCCUGAAGACUAAGUCUACCCCAGACUCUCUGCUCCUGGACGAGAGUCAACACCUAUCCCUCCUCUUUACACUAUGGAAAAUCCCCAAGCAGGCCCAGACCAUCCGCAUCCCCUUGCCUCAUGGCAUCCGGACCGACACAGAUGAGGUUUGUCUCUUCACCAGAGAUGAGCCCAACAUGACCCCUGACCAGACCCAAAGGUUCUACAAGAAACUGCUGGCUGAGAGAGGGGUCAAGAACGUCACAGAGGUGAUCCCUUACAAAACGCUGAAGACUGAGUACAAGCCCUUUGAGGCCAAAAGAAGGCUGCUGGGGAAUUUUGAUAUGUUCCUGUCAGACGACCGUGUUCGCCGCCUGCUGUCCUCACACAUUGGCAAGCACUUUUACGAGAGGAAAAAGGAGCCUUUGUCAGUAAACCUGCGGAGCAAGAAGCUGGCCUUAGAUAUCCAGCGAACCAUCCAGGGAACAACCAUCUCCAUUUCUAAGAAAGGCUGCUGCUGCAUGGCUCGUGUGGCCCACUCUGGGAUGGCUGCAGAUGAAAUAGCAGAGAAUAUUGACUCGGCUGUUAGCACCAUUGUGACCAAACUACGCGUGAAAGGACCAUUGAUAAAGAUCAUCCACCUGAAGAGCCAGUCAUCAGUAGCUCUGCCCAUCUACACUUCUAACAUGAACCACCUGACCCUCUUAGAGGAGACAAAGAAACAGGCCCACGCAGCCAAGGAUGCCAAGAGAACUGCAAGCAAACUGAAGUCUGCUAAGAAGGAACAGAAGUCUACAGAAAAAAACACAGGUGCUGAAGUAGAGGAAGAGAUUCCACAGCUUGUUCCCAUAGUACCGCCAAGCAAAAAAGCUAAACUGGAGAAGCAGACCAAGAAGGGACUUGAGAAGGCGCCUAACCCGACAGGGGGGAAGAAGGCGCCUAACCCGACAGGGGGGAAGAAGGCGCCUAACCCGACAGGGGGGAAGAAGGCGCCUAACCCGACAGGGGGGAAGAAGGCGCCUAACCCGACAGGGGGGAAGAAGGCGCCUAACCCGACAGGGGGGAAGAAGGCGCCUAACCCGACAGGGGGGAAGAAGGCUAUGAAAAGAAAAAGCAAAAGGACCAAGAAGGCUGCUUAAAGGAAAGUGCCUCAAUCUCAAUGACUUUUGUCUUGACAACUCAAUGAACAAAGCGUUCCUAUCCAUUAAUGUCUGUAUUACUCCCCCUUUCUCUACAUGGAACUCUGACUUCAUCACUGAUUAUAAAGGACUGGUUUCUAAAUGUAGAACUGUUAACAUUUCAGUUUGUUGAAUUGAUCCGAGGACAAACUCAAAUGAGCUGUUAUUGUCUGUCUGCCUCAAAGGGUUUUGUUUAAUAAUGUAAUGUGUAAACUCAACUUAUAAAUUUAAAAAACUA